AUGCGACAGUUUGCGAUGUUCGCAUGCAUACUUGCAGCAGCAAGCGCAUUACCGAUGAUUAUUGGCGAAAAGAAGCCGGAUAUAUGUUGUCAAUGCACAGUGAGUGAGGACGGAGAAAAGAAGGAAAUCAAAAAAGGUUGCGAUGGAACAAUCAGCAUUACGAGUCGUGGAUCAACGGGCGUUAUUGGCUCCCAGCUAGGGAGUGCUGCGAUCAUGGUCCCGGCAGUGCAAAUUCAGGUACCACAGAUGCCACUUUUACAACCACUACAACUCUCUGCUUCGAUGAAUCUCCUCCCGCAACAACAGACUAUUUUCAGUCUGCAACCGCAGACAACGUUUCUCACCGUACAGGAACCGAAAGUUAGCACGCAGUGCUGCACGGUAUGUUUCCUUCUUCACUCCAUUUAUAAAGACUUCUUCUUUACUGCCCAAUUUGCUUUCAGAAUCGAAUUUAUGUUCGUAUUCGUAGUGUCAAAACUGAAGCUGAAUGAGUAA